UAAAUUUAGUUGCGCUGUAUUCGUGUUAGUGUAUGGUUGUGUUUGUGAUUGAGCAAGCGUUUAUUAUAUAUUUACGUAGUGUUUCGUGAAAAAUUAACUAGAAUGUCCGAAAAAACGUCACAGCUGAAACGUCCACCUGAAAGGCGACUGAGGGAACGCAAACAGAAGAAACUUUAUUCAGAAGACUGGGCCCUCGCUGAUGAUGACAUCGAGGGACGCAGAUCGUUCAACCUACAAGAAAAGCUGGAAGAUCCAGCGUUCGCCUCAAAUAGCGACGUCAGGGAAAUGUACGGCAAUCAACUAACCGUGGAGUAUUUCCAAAGAUACGGUUUCAACACGCCGCUACUUUUCAAAGAGAAGACUGGUUUGGGUUUGAGAGUCCCGACGACAAAUUUCACCAUAAAUGACGUUAGAAUGUGUGUAGGAUCAAGAAGAAUAUUGGACGUUAUGGACGUGAACACACAGAAAAACAGCGAGAUGAACAUGAAGGAGUGGCAGAAAUACUAUGAGGAUAAAGAAAAGGAUAAGCUUUUGAAUGUGAUAUCUUUGGAAUUUUCACAUACCAAGUUGGAAAAUUAUGUACAGAGUCCUACUGUUGUAAGGCAAGUGGACUGGGUGGACAAUGUUUGGCCUCGUCAUUUGAAGGAGAGCCAAGUCGAGGGCACCAACGUUCUGGAGGAGAUGAAAUAUCCCAAAGUCCAGAAGUACUGCUUGAUGUCCGUUAAAGGGUGUUACACGGACUUUCAUGUCGACUUCGGUGGUACGUCGGUUUGGUACCACAUAUUGAAGGGCAGCAAGGUUUUUUGGCUCAUUCCUCCUACUGAACACAACUUGGCGCUCUACGAGAAGUGGGUGUUAUCCGGUAAACAGUCCGAUAUAUUUUUUGGCGAUAAGGUGGAUAAAUGCGUGAGGAUAAUUCUACAGGAAGGAAAUACUUUCUUCAUACCGACCGGCUGGAUUCACGCUGUAUAUACGCCAAAGGAUUCCUUGGUGUUUGGAGGCAACUUCUUGCAUUCUUAUGGAAUCGAGAAACAGCUUAAGAUCGCUCAGGUUGAAGAUAAUACAAAGGUCCCACAAAAAUUCAGGUAUCCAUUCUUCACAGAAAUGUUGUGGUAUGUUCUUGAAAGGUAUGUCCAUUGUCUGCUCGGACAUUCACAUCUAUCCACCGGAACAGAUAUCAACAUACCUCCCGAUAAACCACAUACUCAUAUGACUCACAUGGAACUUCAUGGCCUUAAGGAAAUAGUACUAUAUCUACACAUGCUCCCAGCGAAUAGAAAAAAUGUACCAGAGCUAAUAAAAGACCCAGUGGCUUUAAUACAAGACGUGAGGAAUUUAAUCAGCAUACAUAGAUUAGACGUGGCGGAUCUAGCUGUAUCUGGAAAACCGAUUCUUUGGGUGCAGAUAAAUGAGAAUGACCAGGAGAACACUAAGAAAUCUAAUAUCAGAGGACCAUACAACGUAAAAAGUAGUACCGGUGGCAUUAAACCACCAAAGAUACCAACAAUGAAGGGUGAAAAACGGUCUCCUGGUGGUGAUAAAGGCGGUCCUAGAAGACGACGUACAAGAUGUAAAAAAUGUGAGGCCUGUCAAAGGGCUGAUUGUGGGGAAUGUAGUUUCUGUCUGGAUAUGGUCAAGUUUGGAGGUCCGGGAAGAGCAAAACAAACCUGUAACAUGAGACAAUGCUUACAACCUAUGCUGCCAGUGACAGCUGCUUGUAUUCACUGUGGUUUAGAUGGUUGGAAUCAAACUCCUGUUACACCUUUACAAAAAGGACCACAGAGAUGUGAGAGUGCGAGUAAUCUCAUGGAAUGCUCGGUUUGCUACGAAAUAGCCCAUCCACAGUGUGUACAAGACCAAUGCUCCGAGUUCUCAGGUUACGUUAAUGAGGAUAUGCCAAACUCUUGGGAGUGUCCAAUAUGUUGUAAGUCGGGAAAAAAUACAGAUUACAGGCCAAGGCAUUUUCGAGCUCGUCAGAAAUCUUCAGAUAUGCGGAGAAUGUCAAUCAGUUCAGAUGCUUCAAGUGCUUUUGAGAACAAAACGCACAAUGAGCAGAUGAGCGAUUCUGGUAGUGAGAAUGGAGAGGUUAAGUACAGUAGGGAAUUGUUGCCAAUAAAGAAGAGAAGAGGAAGCGAUGGAGAGAUUGAAAUUAAGCCAAAACCUAUCCCUACAGAUCUACCCCGUAAAGCGGCUUUGCGAAGCCAACUUGCCCAGCAGAUAAUAAAUAACUCUACUAAGAUGCUUAAGAAACCUAUGACGGUCGUUCGACCAGCAGCUAUUAUCCAAAACCCAGUCCCCAUAAAUAACCUUGCCCUUGACAAAAGAUGUAUGUUGAAGGUGUUCAGAUAUCUGAAACCUGGAGAAUUAUUCACUUGUUCUCUUGUAUGCAAGACAUGGGCCAGCUACACGGUAGACCCGUCUUUAUGGAGGAAAAUGGAAUUCUCUAGAAAACAUAUUACACCUGAUAUUCUGAAAGGUAUAGUCAGAAGACAACCCGAAACUCUUCAUUUGGAUUGGUGCCACAUUAAUAAGUUCCAAUUGCCUUGGCUCAUCCAGAGACUUAGCUGUCUAAAGAGCCUCUCUCUAAUCUCUGUCCUUGUCAAAACGGCCGUUUCGCUGAAGACGAACCACUCAGCCGUUUUGCAAGAUCUUGACCUUAGUUUUAUAUCAGACUUCAACGAUUCCGCACUCAGGGACAUCUUGGGACCUAUUAAUGAUAGCCGAAGGGGUAUGGGCGGUGACGAGAGGUACCGCUUCAAGAACUUGAAAGUCCUCAAACUGGCUGGCACAGACAUAUCAGACGUGUCCAUGCGAUAUGUUACUCAAUAUUUGCCCAACCUGAAAGAGUUAAGCUUGGCUUUUUGUCCAAGAAUCACAGAUGCUGGUAUCGCCCAGCUCAGUACCAAACCAGCAAAUACUGUGACUAACCUUGUGACUCUUGACUUGAGUCAUUCAAAACUCAUCACGGAAACAUCAUUGGAACAUUUAUAUCGGUGUGAAAACUUAACGAGGCUAGACUGUAGACACUCGCUUCAGGUUUCAACGCAGUCGCUUAUUAAAUUUGCGGCUAAGAGUGACCAUGAUCUUCAUGUAAAAGAUAUUAAGCUGGUUGAAAAAAGACAGGUGACAAGGCGCAUUUGAAAGGAUGAGAGUGUCUCCUGGUAUCCUAGUCAUCAGAUUCAUAGAGGCAAUUCUUGAUAAAAGCCUAGUAUUGUUACCCAUCAAUACCUUAAAACGACCCGAGGAGUAUAUUUCUGACAAAUAAA